UUGGUUUUUUUUCAAUUUAACUUUCACUCCACAAACACACGCACACACAGAGACAGGACAGCAUGCAAAUGUUGCAACAACUAAUAAAUUGAAGAAGCUUCAGAUCACAUUUUACUAUUGGUUCUCAUUUUCAAUCUCACUCUCUUCAAUGGAAGUGUAGAUUUGAGGCCAAGAGGUUUCACGUUUAUCAGUUUGUGAUCUCAGAAUGGGGAAAUCACCAGGAAAAUGGAUCAAAACCGUGCUAUUUGGGAAAAAGUCAUCCAAAUCAAGUAUUUCAAAAGGAAAAGAGAAGCUUGUUAAUAACAAAGAAGCAGUGGUUGCUUCCAAUGUGUUCGAAAAUGGUUUGGCUUUAGAUCCAUCCCCCAAUAAGAUCGACAGAAAUGAGGAGCACCUGGAACCAAGGAAUGAAGAAUCUGAAAGUCUUGUACCUGGGAACCAAGAAAUGGACAUCAUGGGAUCUGUUGACCAAGAUGCAUCACCUGAUCCAGAGAAAAUAAGGCAGGAGGAAGCAGCAACAAAGGCGCAGGCUGCUUUCAAAGGUUACUUGGCUCGCAGGGCUUUUAGGGCCCUAAAAGGCAUAAUAAGGUUGCAAGCACUUAUUCGCGGGCACUUGGUUAGGAGACAAGCUGUUGCUACAUUAUGCUGUAUGCAUGGGAUUGUAAAGUUACAAGCACUUACUCGUGGAGGAAGGGUUAGACAGUCUGAUGUUGGAUUUGAAAUUCAUGAGAAGUGCAAACUAUUUAAGCCUCUGGAUGGCAAACUUGGUGAGCCUGUUGGUAUUCCCUCAAAAAUUUCAAAGCUGUCAGCGAAUUCUUUCACCUGCAAGCUUCUUGCUCCAUCAACUACAAUAAUGGCCCUGCACAUACAAUAUGUUAGUGGGGAUCCAAAUUCAGUCUUAAGUUGGUUGGAGCGCUGGUCAGCAUCUUACUUCUGGAAACCAGUUCCGCAACCCAAGAAAAUUCGAGACUCUAAAUCUCAGAGAAAGCAGGGUAAUAUUUCAAUUGGAGAAGCUCAAAUUAGCAAGUCAAAACGUACCAACAGGAAGCUUCCUACUGCAAAUUUCGAAUCAGUCCCGGUGCAAACAAAUCCUGACUUUGAGAAACCAAAACGUAAUUUCCGGAAAAUCUCAAGCCAAUUGUUAGAUCCAGAGCAAGAAAAUCCACAAAGUGAGCUUGAAAAGGUUAAACGUAACUUGAGAAAGAUUCAUGACCCAGUUGUUGGGAAUGCUGUUCUGUCAGAAGUUGAAUGUGAGACCCCAAAGCAGCAUUUGGAAAAAGCAACAGUUACUGCAGUUCAUGAUGCUGUUUCAGAACAAGGGCUCAUUACUUCUAAUGAAGAGAUCAAGAAGGAAGAAACCCUGACCAUCUCCAGUGUACCUGAUAUGGAAAUUACUCCAAGACCCUCAGUUAACAAGGAGGUGUGUGACAUUCCAAGCAGUUAUCAAGUGAGUGUAGAAUCAAAGCCCUUCGUAGAGACUACAACUGAAGAUAGAAACACUUCUGUUGACGAAAUUAAAAAUGUGCUGAGCAAUCUACCAGAGACUAUUUUUAAAGAUGAAAACUCUCCAUUAAAAAAUGGAGAUUUGAAUCAUAAGGAAGAAAUAACGGGUAAUGAAAACCAGAAGCCUACUCGGAAAGCCUCAAUCUUGGUGAAGCACGAGCAUGCAGAGAAUGGUUUAGUGAAUAGUCCAACAUUACCAAGUUAUAUGGCAGCAACUGAAUCUGCCAAGGCAAAGUUAAGGUUACAAGGGUCUCCAAGGUUGGGGCAAGAUGGAAGUGAGACGAACAACCCUGUUGGGCGUUCAACCAACAGCAAGAUUAGUUCACAUUCACCGAGGACACGGAGAUCAAUUCAAGGAGGUGGCAAAGGGAGCCACAAAAGUGACAGGACUAUACCAUCUUCUACAGGUGGGAAUGGGAAGGUAAUUCAAGCAGACUGGAGGAGGUGAUAUGAGGAAGAUUGGUUUUCAGGAGUUGAACGUGAGGAGGUUGAAACUGAUGUGGGGUUAUCUCUGUUGAAGGUUGUUGAAAUGAUAGGUCCAUAAUAUGAGCCGUGUUUGAUCAGUUUCUUUACUCUUUUCCUGCACUUCGGAUAUUUGAGGGUGAAUUGUGUACAAUGUAGGUUUUGAGUUUUGCAUGCUGCAACUAUACCAAGUCCAUGUUCUGUUUGUUUCCCGUAUGAUUCCUUGUUUGUUCAUAUUUUAUUUUUUAAUUUUUUUUUUCUGAGUGUGUAUGAUCUUUAACUUGUGCCUUUGUUUGUGUUCCUCAGAACUUUUCUGUUUGGACAAGUAUGGUCUUGUAACAUGAAUAUGCUCAUACGAGAUUUCUU